CACUUACAAAAUGUCUGUUAAGGAACUUCUCAUUCAAAAUGUUCACAAAGAGGAGCACAGUCAUGCCCACAACAAGAUCACUGUUGUUGGGGUUGGUGCAGUUGGCAUGGCUUGUGCAAUCAGCAUCCUGAUGAAGGAUUUGGCUGAUGAACUUGCCCUUGUUGAUGUCAUAGAGGACAAACUGAGGGGAGAGAUGCUGGAUCUUCAGCAUGGCAGUCUCUUCCUUAAAACACCAAAAAUUGUCUCUGGCAAAGACUACAGUGUGACCGCACACUCCAAGCUGGUGAUCAUCACCGCUGGCGCUCGCCAGCAAGAAGGGGAGAGUCGUCUUAACUUGGUCCAGCGCAACGUGAACAUCUUUAAAUUCAUCAUUCCCAACGUUGUCAAGUACAGCCCUGACUGUAUGCUGCUUGUCGUAUCCAAUCCAGUUGAUAUUUUGACCUACGUGGCCUGGAAGAUCAGCGGCUUUCCUAAACACCGUGUUAUUGGUAGUGGCUGCAAUCUAGAUUCUGCCCGUUUCCGCUACCUCAUGGGAGAAAAACUGGGCAUCCAUUCUUUAAGCUGCCAUGGAUGGAUAAUUGGAGAGCAUGGAGACUCUAGUGUACCUGUCUGGAGCGGGGUCAAUGUUGCUGGUGUCUCCCUGAAGGCUCUACACCCUGACCUAGGAACGGAUGCAGACAAAGAGCAUUGGAAAGAAGUCCACAAACAGGUGGUAGACAGUGCCUAUGAGGUUAUCAAGUUGAAGGGAUACACAUCCUGGGCAAUUGGUCUCUCUGUGGCAGAUCUAGCUGAAACCGUUAUGAAGAACCUGAGAAGGGUGCACCCAAUUUCAACUAUGGUUAAGGGCAUGUAUGGAGUAAGCAGUGAUGUCUUCCUAAGUGUUCCCUGUGUGUUGGGAUAUGCUGGCAUCACAGAUGUAGUGAAGAUGACCCUUAAGAGUGAGGAAGAAGAAAAGCUAAGGAAGAGUGCAGAUACACUUUGGGGAAUCCAGAAGGAACUGCAGUUUUAACUUAUGUCCUAAACAUAAGUUAGACAUUAGUGAAUUUGUCUGUUGCACUGUUCGAGUAGGUCAAGUCCUCUAAUCUAGGUACUGACUAGAAACUUGUAAAGCUAAAGUCUAUGAACAAUGUUUCCUGAAAGUAGAGUAUGAAACUAUUGAGACAUCCUAUUCACCAAAAUCUGACUUCUUAGCCAGAGGUAGAUCACAGCCUUGUCAUUUACAGUAAGUGGUGUAAAAUAGAUCUAGCACUCCUUGUGAAACACUGCCUAACAUCCUCUGCCUCUCAGUUUAAUGUCACUUCAGAAGAGCAAUUGGUUUUACAACUGUGUAAUGUAGAGACCAAAGUAUUUCUUGUAUUACAGAAAGGAUGGGGGUAAACCAACUCUGACCAACUUCUUCUGAUAGCUUAAAAAUCUCAACUUCUUGCAGGUCCAAAUGUAUCUUCCUUAUUGCUUUGGAAUCUAUGUGCAUACCCUUUCUGGAGAAAUGUUGUGUACACUAAUACUGGAAUAGCUGUAACUCUGGUUCAUAGAAAUGUAAAAACAAGGACUUCUGUAUACAACAAAGGCCACUGCAAGCAUUCAACUGUAGUACCAGCCCUGACACCAAAUAAAUUGUGAACUGCUU